UGAUGCUAUUAAUGAACAAACAAAAAUGAAUUUAACAAGUGUUGAUAGUAAAAAAAUAGCAAAUGAAAGUACAAAAAUAUUAACUUCAUCGAAAUAUGAUAAUUCGAUUCCAUUUGAAGCAUUCAUAACAAUAAGCCGUGAGCCGAUUGUCAAUCAAGAACAACAAGCAUUACCAUCAAAAAUUGAAAAUUCAAAAAAGCCAAUUGAAGAUAGUAUUAAUCAAAAAAUAACAAUUAUAAAUAAUUCAAAUAAACAGCAAAAAGAUGAAGAUAAUUCUAAAAAACGUCAAAUAUCAACAAUCGGUGAAUUGUUGAAUCAACUUGGAAUAUUUGGGAGACCAAGUGGUACAAACAAAACACCAGAAGCAUCAACGUUAACUUCAAUAUUUUCUAGACCAACUAAAAAAAAAAUUCGUGGUACAACUUCAAGGCCUUUUUCUCUUGAAUUUGAUGAUCUUCCUGAUAUUCCAGAUAGAAAUGAAACAUCACAGAGACAAGAAUUUGAUGAUGAAGAGGAAGAAGAAGAGCAAGGAUCUCUUGGCUCAAUUGCAGAUCUUAUACCACUUGCACUGCCGAUCCUAGAAGACCUCAGCAAUCCAGAAUCAGAGUCUGAUUUGAUAGAAGUUCUCGAGGCUGCGAUUCCAAUUAUCCAAGGACUCUCAGACGCUGAUGGUGAAAAUGGAGGAACACAAGAAUUAAUCAACAUGAUCGUUCCUGUAAUUAAAAAAAUUGUUGGGGGUAAAAAUGGACAGGGGAUUGAUCUCAGUGCAAUUGCAGCACCAUUGUUUAAUUUAUUAGCUCCAUUUAUUGGACCAUUAUUAGCGCCAGUUAUUGGUCCACUCAUUCGUACAAUAUCUAAUCCAUCACCAGAGGGUUCUUCUUUGGAAUCAUUAAUCACUGCUGUUCUAGGACCACUUACAACGCCUCAAGAACCAAGUAAAAUGUCACCAUUGUCAAUUGUCCUUGCUGGAACAACAGCAGCACUAUUAAAGGAAUUAAAACUUGGACAACCAGGUGGUUCUGAUUUGGGAGCACUUAUAUCAGCAAUUUUAACUGGUGUUAUAUCUGGUACAAGUGCUGGACUGAGUGGUGGACUGAGUGGUGGAUCAAGUGGUGAUUCAAGUCAUGGUGAACAUGUUGGUAGUCAUCAAGCAUACAAUCCUUACACAACUAAUAUACCAUCACCAGUUGCAUCAUCAAUUGUAAACUUUGGUUAUGCUAAUAGACCAUCACCUGGACCUCCAGUUCAUAGUCCUUUUUUUAUUCAUCGACCAAAUUAUUCAGCUAGUACUGUUAAUAUUGGAUCAACAAUUCGACCAGAAACACCAAGACCAACUAUUUAUAAUCAUCAUAAUUAUCAUCAAUCAACAACUCCACAUCCACAAAAAAUUCCAUCACCAAAACCAAUUAUAAAUAAUCCAGGAAGUUUUCCAGAUGCUUCAACUGAUGUUCAACAUGAACACGUACCGAAUGCUGUUCCAGCACACACAGUUAAUCCACUGGCUUUGAUUGGUGACACAAUCAAAGAUGUUCUUGGUGCUGGUGGACAAAUUGUGACAGCAUUUAUAAAUGCAAUUGUUGGUAUUUUUGGUGGAUCAUCACAGUCUUGAUACAUUUUUAAAUUUGAAAAAAAAACAUUUGUUUAUACGUUAAAUAAAAAUAGAUGAUUGAUUGAAUUUUUUUGUUUUUUGGUACCUGUUAUGUAUUGAUGAAUCCAGUUGUUAAAUUAGCUAUUAUUUGUUGGACAAAUUUCACUCUUUUUGCGUGAUUAUCGAGCUGGAAAAUCCCAUAUAUCACUGUCAUUCGAAACAGUUGAUGCGUAACC